UCUCGGGGCAAGCAGCCCGGAGCUCCGCUUGGGCCAUGCAAGGCUUGAGGACGGCCGCUCGGCGCUUCUUCUUGCCCCUGCGGACCUGGGCGCACACCCUGCGGGCUGGGAACGAUGCUCCGGCUCGGGCCGUGCACGCGGACACGCGGAGCCUCCAGGGGGCGGUGGAGAAGACUGGUGUGGAAACGGACGUAGAGCCGGCGGGUGCCCAGAAACCCGACAAGUUCAGCAUUUUUCCUCCAGCCCCAGACCAGGAGAGCUCCUUGACAUGGGGAGGCAAGAAAUUUGAAGAAAUCCCAAUAGCUCACAUUAAAGCAACGUAUAACAACACACACAUACAGGUGGUCUCUUCCAGGAAUGAGCCACUUGCCCAAACGUCUUGUGGCACUGAAGGGUUCAGAAAUGCAAAAAAGGCCACAGGGAUUGCAGCACAAACUGCAGGCAUUGUUGCAGCAGCGAAAGCAUCAUCGAAGGGAGUGAUGCAUGUCAGAGUGGUGGUGAAAGGCCUGGGACCAGGGCGCUUAUCUGCUAUCAAGGGGUUGGCCAUGGGAGGCCUGGAGGUGAUCUCAAUCACAGACAAUACCCCCAUUCCACACAAUGGUUGCCGUCCCAAAAAAGUCCGAAGGUUGUGAAGAAAAGUUGACUGUCUUGAGACCUAGUUCCAGUUUUCACCUGUAGAUUGACUUCAGAAUAAUACGGAACUGUUCCCCACGGGACAGAACUCGGCAGAACUCGUUAAAGAUGAGCAGAGAUUGGACUGAGGAGCAAAAAUGAGAUGUUUCCUCCUGUAUAGUGAUGUAUAUACAAGUACAUACUUUGUAUACAAAAACUAUGCAGUGUUCAUCACUUGUGAUGCAAUGCCUCUUUUGGACAGGAGGGGCUGCUACAGGUAUACAUCUGGCAAGCUUUGUCAAUCUUGACAAAAUAAAAUACAUUUCACCAUG